AUGUACUCUACUACUGGUUGUCUUAUCGAAGAGACUGAAGAAAUUUGUUUUAGGUUUUUGGGCGCGACGUUGGGGACCGUUGCCCGUAGCGCACACGCGCGCGGCGAUAAAAGGGCCAUAACGGCUAGUGUUGUGCUUCACAGCCGUCGUCGAGCCCGCGAGCCAGGUAUUUGGCAGUGUUAUGAACAGCAUUAUAACUGGGUUGUACGCAAGGCCUACGGGGCAAAGCAUCAGAGCGCAAGACAAAGCAGCGAAUGUGGCGGGCUGGUCGAAGAUGAAUUGGAUUCAUUGGCUCUCGACGCUCGACAAGGGUUAUCACAUGCGCCCAGGGUGCUAGAGCGGGCGACGUCGCUGGAGCCAGCGCAGGCCCAUCCGAGCACCCUCGUCGCGACGCCACAUGACGCACAGGAGCGCGACCGGGAUACUCGCGUCACCCCUGUUGCGUCAUCCCUGUCACGUCGUCUAUCAGCUCAGAGACGUGACUGCAACCGACACUCAGUUACAACGAAUCGCGUCGGCGACCCGGUUUCCAAAAAAAAAAAGUUGCAGCAUCGACAAGCUCAGCCCCAGGACCCCGAUGAUAAUGUUUGUAAUCGUAUCCCCAGUGGGCCAUCAUGUCGAGCACUCGAUGCAAGUGACAAAUUUGCAAUAUCCGCUCUCAACCACACACCUGUCGCUCGCUCCCUCGCACGUACAGUCCAGACGCACAAGCAUUCGAAGCAAGCUGGCAACCACCACAUAUACGAGGACCUGUCAAAGUUGACAAAGGAACAGUUGGACCUGGUCAUCUCCGCCAAUGAACUUCUUCCAUUACAUUUGCUCGUGGAAACGCACAUGGAUCCCAAGCGAAAGAUGUCCCAAGGCCUUGACGAGGAGCCGGCUCCUUGGCCCCAAGACGCCAAACGCCCGUGCAAGGCUUCAAAGGGCAAAGGACCGGUUCAAAAAAAGUCAGCCAAGGACACGCCGCAUGUGAUGCCAUAUGGAUGUCCAGGAUAUUCCAAGGAGUGCAAAGAGCACAAGAACAGAAGAUGGACAUCACGAGCCGAAUUCGUGCGGCACUUUGAGGACAAACAUUCUAAAGAAUUCAAAAGUCUCAGUGACCUCACUAAAGGUACCGAUGUUUUCAUAUGCCGCGACUCUCAGACCAAACAGUCCCUAUCCACUGGUUCUGGACUCCGGAUCACAGCGACUCCGGGCAUGGACGAUGUAAAGCCUGGAGGUACUCGAUACGAGCGUGCCGGCCAUGCUGAAAUCGAUAAUUUCUCACAUUCCGACACUGGUACUGAUCCCUUCAUCCUCGACUUUUUCUACCUGAAUGACUCCCUCAUUGGCCCGGUAUCUGGGUUUUAA